UUCAAUAUGGCCGAUUAAAAUGGAAGACGAAAACUUGUCAUUUGUUCUUUUGCGAAAUCAUCCUGAAUUUCUGGAGGAGACGGCAAUUUUAUUGAAUUCUGAAUGGUCAAAAACUCUGGAAGGGAGACUUCAUUAUUUAGCAGAAGGUCAAGAUGAUCUUCCAUGUUCACUCAUUAUUUCAUUAAAAAAUGACAAAGCACAUACAAGAGUCAUUGGUCACUGUAGACUCAACAAGGUUCUGGGAAAACCAAAGGCAUCACUUUUGACUUGUGUGGUGAUAGAAAAGGCUUAUAGAGGAUGUGGACUUGGAAGAAAGCUCAUGCAGCUCACAGAAAGCUAUGCAUCUCAGCUAGGAUUGACAGCAAUUUACCUCUCAACAUCUAAUAAGUACGAGUUUUAUAAACAUCUUGGUUAUCAUGAAUGUACUCAAGUCACUCCAAUUAAAGCAAGCUCAAGCCUAUUUACUAACUCUCAGCUUAAAUUACUGGGUGAGCAGGUUGGAGAAGUGGAUACUUUGACAUUACAUCAAGGGGAAGAUGACUCAACUCAUUUCAGUCCUGAAAACUCUGUGUCAAGGAAUCAAGAAACCAUGUUUAAUGAAUUGAAUCAAAGGGAGAAGGAGCAAAAUAUUCACCAACAACAGCAAAAGACUGACAAUGAUCAAGGAGCUAGAGAGAGGAAAACAAGUUGUUGCUCGUCAUCAUUGGUUCAACUCACAGAGGCAGUGACACUUACAUCAUUGCAACAAGAAUCCACUCCCCCUCCCUUGCCCCCUCCUCCUCCGCCUCCCCCACCUCUUUCACUGCAAUCUCCACCCAGUCAAAUGAAAUCAAUUCUUGCAAAAUCAACUUGGAUGAUGAAAGAACUCAUUUCAUAAUUACUAGUGAAAUUAUUUGUCAAAAAGUUGAAAUGUCACCGGCGCAUUUAUGCUAAGUUAAUCUUAUCAAACCACUCUAUUUUCUGACAAUGAGUCAGUCCUCUUUUUACUCCACAAAAUCAUUUUUUUAUUCAGUUUUAUAGCCCAUGUGAAUGUUUUAUAACCCAUGUUUUUCUUUGGACCUUACCCUUUUCCUGCGGGAUUUUUCAUUGAUCACACACAUUUAUAGUAUUGCGGACGUAUGCGCAAUUUAUGCGUACAUUAUAUGGGGAGCCAUUUGUGCCAAAAUUAUCAACCGCUAGUAACAUCAUCACCAUUUAAGUAGAGGCAGCUGACAUAUACAAACGUUACUAAUUGUUGUCAAAGGGUAUAUUCUAGUAAUUUCUGAGAGAAAAAUGCAUAAAAAUAAAUCAGUAUCUACGCAUUUUUAGCGCGUGAUCUUUGGCUUCAAGCAAACCGGAAGAGGUGUUUAGGUGUGAAAGUCUUCACGUACGAUCGCAUGCUUCUACAAGCCUCCUUUGAAAGUUUGUGAAGAAAAACUCUGAGGGAUUUUUUAAUAUUCUAAAUCAAAAAUGGACACAAUGGUCAUUUUGGAAACAUUUCAGUUUCCUCUCAUAGUUAUCCUCUAUUUUAAGAUGUGAUUAAAAUGAUAGAAAAAGUCCCCAUCCAUAUUACCCAAUUUAGCAAGCUUGCAUACACA